ACCCCACUUUGAAAUUCGAGAUUCCCCUAAGAAAUGACAACCGCAAAAAUUAAUGUGAAUUAUUGCACUUUUUACAAUGUUGGAGGGCGUAAAACACGUGAUUUUAGUCCUUUCGGGCAAAGGUGGUGUUGGGAAAUCCACAAUCAGCACGCAAUUGGCCCUAACAUUGAAGGAAAAAAAUUACAAGGUCGGCUUGCUUGACAUUGACCUGUGUGGCCCCAGUGUCCCCUAUUUGCUCCAACUCGAGGGUAAAGACGUCCACCAGACCGAUGAAGGUUGGGUCCCCGUUUACACCGACAGUGAGCAAAAACUAGCAGUAAUGUCGAUUGGCUUCCUUUUGAGUAACCGCGAGAGUGCUGUGGUGUGGCGGGGGCCGAAAAAGACCGCAAUGGUGAAGCAGUUUUUGACAGAUGUGUGUUGGGGCCCUUUGGACUAUCUUUUAAUCGACACGCCCCCAGGCACCUCCGACGAACACAUCAGCGUAAUGGAGGCCCUAAAAACGGUGAAAUGCGACGGGGCUAUAAUUGUGACAACCCCCCAACAAGUCUCAAUCGAAGACGUGCGAAAAGAAAUCACAUUUUGUAAAAAAACCCAAAUACCGAUAAUAGGAAUCAUCGAAAAUAUGAGCGGGUUUGUGUGCCCCUCGUGUGCAGAAUGCACGAAUAUUUUCAGUAAAGGGGGCGGUGAGGCUUUGGCUAAGCUGGCCCAAGUCCCCUUUUUGGGGGUCCUACCCAUCGACCCCCGAGUUGGGGCCCUGCUAGGCAAAGCGGCCGUCACGGAACUGCCAGACUCCCCCUCAGCGAAGACUUUCAAUGCGAUUGUACAAAUUUUGUGAAAUUUUUAUUAAAAGACAUUUGCGUGCCCCAUGA